UUGAAUUUCUUACAGACUGCCAAACGGAACAGACAAGCAGGUUGUCUUGUGUUAAGGAAAAUGAGAUAUAAGUCAGUUACUCAGGAGGCAAUGCUGCUGUUUAGCUCUUCUGUUUUUGUGGGCAGGGUCUUCAUGAACACUAAUAGGGGUACCAGGCCCUCUUCCUCGUUAGAAGAAAUCAGGAUAACAAAGGCAUAUUGGGCACCUCUACAAAAGGAAUCUGUACCUGUAUCAAGAUGAUCUGAAGAACAGCUUCUACCUUUAGGAAUGUCUAGUGUUCCAAAAUGACUGGCAUCUUCCCUUUUGCCAUUAUCUUCAUGUUAAUACUUCAGAUCAGAAUACAAUUAUCUGAAGAAAGUGAAUUUUUAGUUGAUAGGUCAAAAAACGGUCUCAUCUACGUUCCUAAAGACCUAUCCCAGAAAACAACAAUCUUAAAUAUAUCACAAAAUUAUAUAUCUGAGCUUUGGACUUCUGACAUCUUAUCACUGUCAAAGUUGAGGAUUUUGAUAAUUUCUCAUAAUAGAAUCCAGUAUCUUGAUAUGAGUGUUUUCAAAUUCAACCAGGAAUUGGAAUACUUGGAUUUGUCCCACAACAAGUUGGCGAAGAUUUCUUGCCACCCUACUGUGAACCUCAAGCACUUGGACCUGUCAUUUAAUGCAUUUGAUGCCCUGCCUAUAUGCAAAGAGUUUGGCAAUAUGUCUCAACUAAAAUUUCUGGGGUUGAGCACCACACACUUAGAAAAAUCUAGUGUGCUGCCAAUUGCUCAUUUGAAUAUCGGCAAGGUCUUGCUGGUCUUAGGAGAGACUUAUGGGGAAAAAGAAGACCCUGAGGGCCUUCAAGACUUUAACACUGAGAGUCUGCACAUUGUGUUCCCCACAAACAAAGAAUUCCAUUUUAUUUUGGAUGUGUCAGUCAAGACUGUAGCAAAUCUGGAACUAUCUAAUAUCAAAUGUGUGCUAGAAGAUAAUGAAUGUUCUUACUUCCUAAAUAUUCUGGCAAAACUUCAAACAAAUCCAAAGUUAUCAAGUCUUACCUUAAACAACAUUGAAACAACUUGGAAUUCUUUCAUUAGGAUCCUCCAGCUGGUUUGGCAUACAACCGUAUGGUAUUUCUCAAUUUCAAACGUGAAGCUACAGGGUCGGCUGGACUUCAGAGAUUUUAAUUAUUCUGGCACUUCCCUGAAGGCCUUGUCUAUACACCAAGUUGUCAGCGAUGUGUUCAAUUUUCCACAAAGCGAUAUCUAUGAAAUCUUUUCGAAUAUGAACAUCAUAAAUUUCACAGUGUCUGGUACACGCAUGGUCCACAUGCUUUGCCCAUCCACAGUUAGCCCAUUCCUGCAUUUGGAUUUUUCCAAUAAUCUCUUAACAGACACGGUUUUUGAAAAUUGUGGGCACCUUACUGAGUUGGAGACACUUAUUUUACAAAUGAAUCAAUUAAAAGAACUUUCAAAAAUAGCUGAAAUGACUACACAGAUGAAGUCUCUGCAACAAUUGGAUAUUAGCCAGAAUUCUGUAAGCUAUGAUGAAAAGAAAGGAGACUGUUCUUGGACUAAAAGUUUAUUAAGUUUAAAUAUGUCUUCAAAUGUACUCACUGACACUAUUUUCAGAUGUUUACCUCCCAGGAUCAAGGUACUUGAUCUUCACAGCAAUAAAAUAAAGAGCAUUCCCAAACAAGUCGUAAAACUGGAAACUUUGCAAGAACUCAAUGUUGCUUUCAAUUCUUUAACUGACCUUCCCGGAUGCGGCAGCUUUAGCAGCCUUUCUGUAUUGAUCAUUGAUCACAAUUCAGUUUCCCACCCAUCAGCUGAUUUCUUCCAAAGCUGCCAGAAGAUGAGGUCAAUAAAAGCAGGGAACAAUCCAUUCCAAUGUACCUGUGAGCUAAGGGAAUUUGUCAAAAAUAUAGACCAAGUAUCAAGUGAAGUGGUAGAGGGCUGGCCUGAUUCUUAUAAGUGUGACUACCCAGAAAGUUAUAGAGGCACCCUACUAAAGGACUUUUGCAUGCCUGAAUUAUCCUGCAACAUAACUCUGCUGAUCGUCACCAUUGUUGCCACCAUGCUGGUGUUGGCUGUGACUGUGACCUCCCUCUGCAUCUACUUGGAUCUGCCCUGGUAUCUCAGGAUGGUGUGCCAGUGGACCCAGACCCGACACAGGGCCAGGAACGUACCCUUAGAAGAACUCCAAAGAAAUCUCCAGUUUCAUGCAUUUAUUUCAUAUAGUGGGCACGAUUCUUUCUGGGUGAAGAAUGAAUUAUUACCAAACCUAGAGAAAGAAGGUAUGCAGAUUUGCCUUCAUGAGAGAAACUUUGUUCCUGGCAAGAGCAUUGUGGAAAAUAUCAUCAACUGCAUUGAGAAGAGUUACAAGUCCAUCUUUGUUUUGUCUCCCAACUUUGUCCAGAGUGAGUGGUGCCAUUAUGAACUCUACUUUGCCCAUCACAAUCUCUUUCAUGAAGGAUCUAAUAACUUAAUCCUCAUCUUGCUGGAACCCAUUCCGCAGUACUCCAUUCCUAGCAGUUAUCACAAGCUCAAAAGUCUCAUGGCCAGGAGGACUUAUUUGGAAUGGCCCAAGGAAAAGAGCAAACAUGGGCUUUUUUGGGCUAACCUAAGGGCAGCCAUUAAUAUUAAGCUUACAGGGCAAGCAAAGAAAUAGAUUACACAUCAAGCGAAAAAUAUUCCUCCUGUUGAUGUUGCUGCUUUUGGAAGUUCCAACAAUGACUUUAUUUUGCAUCAACAUAAAUGUAAACACAAUUGUGAGUGUAGGAUGUAGAUAAAAAUAUAUACUUUCGGGCCCCAGUUCACCAUUUAUACGUGGUAUUAAAAAUUAAUGAAAUGAUAUAA